CUUGGUUUGGAGACGGGCUGUUGAGGAAGUAAGGUACGGUGUUUGAAUGGAGUUGUCAUGUUUGCCGGUAUUAUUGCCCCUGUUUUCUUCUUCGCGGUGCCAUGCCAUCCAUAUUCAUCGGUAGUUAUGGCACGCUUGAUGUCGCGAACAAGCCUCGGCCCCCGGUCCAACCCAGCCGUCGUCUGGAUCACAUGAUCCAGCCUUAUCAACCACGUGGUUCUUCGUUGGCUGAAUCCUCCACCUCCACCAAUCUCACCGACAUCGGACACGAUCGAGUCAAUCAACUUCAAUGAACCCCGCCAGCCGGGCAGCACGAAGCCUUAAGUAGCUAAGACCUUACAAUCCGUGACACCCACCUGUAAGCGUUUCGAGUGCGUCCAACGACGCACCGACGCGGCGUGAAGUGGGAAGAGAAAAGAACCAAGAGUAACUACUCUGCCCCCGCAUUCCCUGGUGCCGCUGCGAGGCUCUCUGCCGCUGCCGCUGCCGACCACGGCUCUUGCCCGUAAACCCACUCGCUCCCAACCUUUCUUUGUUCGGGGUGCUGGUUUUCCCCGGAGAGAAAACAAUUCCCAGUGUGGCUGCCCUGACAUUUAGCGACGACCAUACACGCGGUGCCAGUGGCAGUGGGAGUGUCGCUGGCGUUGGCGUUGGGAAUGGUAGCGGUGUCGGAGGUGGUAGUGCUCCAGGAAGAAUAGCGACUCCAGCCGGAGCAGCAGGAGUUGGGCCAGCAGAGCAGCAGCAGCAAGGUCACAGCCGCCAUGUCAGCCCUAUCAGGGGGAAUACCACUAGUUCGUUCGCUGCUGGUCCUUCUCCUGCUUCAGUGUCAACUUUUGGUGGUGGAAACCGGAGACGGAAUGUGCAUACCGCAGGGCUGGAUAGCUCGCCAGGGAGCAUAGACGAUACAAAAGAGGCGGAGAAUAAUGCCAACAAUACCCAGGAUGACCGGAAGAAGCAGCCAGUGAAGCGCGCCUGCAAUGAGUGUCGCCAACAAAAGCUCCGAUGCGACGUUAUACAAGAACCUUUUACUACGUGCUCGCGUUGCCGUCGUCUCAAAUUGGAAUGCAAGAUCGAGUCGAAUUUCAAACGUAUCGGCAAGCGCAGUCGGAAUGCAGAGAUGGAACGUGAAAUAAUUGAGCUGAGAAGGCAAAUUGCGAAUGCCAAUGCCGCGGCCAAUGCGCAACAACAGCACCAGCAACCCCAGUCGUCUGCAUCCACCAAACAAGACUCAUCCAUUUCUACUACGUUUAGUUCGUCUCAGCGCAACAUGUAUCAGCCGUCGCCGGGCCUUACAGGUAUGGGACCACAUGAAGCCGUUGCAUCGCUGCUUGAUCUUCGAUCAGGGCUGGAUUCGUCUAGUUUUCUCAGAAGCCCUAGUGGCCAGAUUGUAAUGACCAAACGCCUGGAAGAUGUGUCGGUUGCACCAGAACGUGUUACAGAAUUAUUUAGCCAGUUAGUAUUCUUUCGAUUGAACUUAUCGACCGAAUCACAUCACCGUUAUGCUAAAUAAGGACUAGAUUUUUCACGUUCUAUCACCCCUUCCUCCCAUUUCUAGAUAGAGUUAAACCACCUGAGGAGUACUUUUCCACCUCGCCUCUCCUAUUCUGGACUAUAAUUAGCGUGGGUUCGCGUCGAUAUCAAGGCGACCGUAUUCUCCUGAACGCUUUGUCUGGGCCAGUGUCAAGAUUGGUCUGGAGUACAUUGGCAGAUGUUCCUCAAAGCUACCAUGUCGUAAAAGCAUUAGCGCUAUUAUGCACUUGGCCAUUUCCCACUAGUAGCACAUCGACAGACCCAACUUUCAUGCUUUGCGGUAUGAUGAUGCAGAUAGCUAUGCAAAUUGGCCUCCAUCGACCGUCUCAUGCGCAAGACUUUUCUAAAUUCAGGAUCGAGUUUAGAGAAGGGGAGUUGAAAGAUAGGGUUAAGACUUGGGGUGUUUGCAAUAUCGUUGCUCAAAGAGUGGCAACCGGUUAUGGACAACCGUCGCAAACACUGCUUGACUGGACGCUAUCAUCACCAGAAUCCGUUGACCAGAAUUUUAAGCUCCCGCCGGAAAUAAAGUGCCGACUGGAUAUUGAAAAGUUCUGCGAUAAAGUAACCAGAGGCCUAUACAGCAAUCCUCGAGAUCCUGUAGGGUUAUCAAGCGAUGAUGAAAGGUUCAUUGUAACCACAAUUCUAGCCAAGGACUUCGAGGAGCUCGAAGGCCAGCUCAGACAGGAACAUAAUUCUAUAACAAACCUCUACCUUCGGGCAGCCGGCCUUCACCUCCGCCUUUCUGCUUUCUUUGAUAACCCGACAGCCAAAGACUACCGCCAGGGCCUCCUAGCACUCUACCUUGCAACCACACUCUUUCUCGACGAGGCUCUAAAUCUCGAAACGUCCGAUGGGCCUGUUCUUGCAUACAGCCCAAAUUAUAUAUAUCAGAUGACCCUGGCCGCUGGCUUCAUUCUUCUGAAGCUGUGCAAAAGCUUCUUCGCAGUCCACAUUGACAUGGAUUAUACAAAAACCCUUUUCAACAGGACUAUCUGGGCUAUACGAAGUAUGUCCGUCACGAACAAUGAUCUCCCUGAACGGUUGGCAGAGGUUUUGGCACAAAUGUGGAGGACGGGAGGUGCACCUGUCUCCCCAUAUGUCGGCAGCUCAUCGGUCCGCCCAGAUAUGGACGAUACCCUGCAGCUGAAAGUCAGAUGCCGUAUGAGUAUGUCUCUUGUCUACGAUUCUGUUUGGCGAUGGAGAGAAGAUUUUCAAGCUAAAGGAAGGAAUCUGGAAUCCUUCCUCAAAAACCCAACCAACCCAGACUCCAAUGCUGACUCUUCUGCCUCAUCCGUUGCCCCGUUGCGCGCCUCAAGUUCAACCCCUGGUAUUCCCGGGGCAGAUUCCAACCUUGCAUCCGCACCCCCCUCUCACUCAACCAACAUCGGCGGAGAAGGAAGCCUCAGCACAGCAGGUCCCGGUAACGGGAUGGGGAUCCUAGGAGGCUUCAUGGAGCCGAAUUACGAAGUAUUUGAUCCCCUCAAUUGGAUGCUGGAUGGGUUGGUGGACUUCCCGUACUCGUUCAAUCAGGUUCAGGGCUUGGAAUCGCAGGGCAUUGCCUAAUCGCCUAUUUCUGAUUCUCUUCUCUUCUUUUCCUUCCUUUUCUUUUCCCUUUCUUCUUAUUCGUCACAAGAUUAACGGUUAUAUACUACUACCCCUUCUGUUUCUUGCUAGAAAUAGAACUCUUCUCCGUUUACGUGUCUUUACUGUAUAUUUUUCACACUUUUAUUCCCAUUCUUGUUUCGAUUACAGUAUCACAUAUCUUUUCUUGUCCUUUUUUUUUCUCCUUCUAGUGAGUUGGAUAUUCACAGAAGAAAGCCAUAGGGAAGGCGCAAAUUUUUUACGUAUGCUAGCUUCUUUGGGUCCUUAACUCUGUGGUACUGCAAUGAAGUUAUACCAUGGAUCAGUUCAAUUCACAACCCAUUUUUGACCUUUAUAUACCAGUUCAUGCUGUAGAUCGUUCGUAUUCUUUUCUUGAUAUGCCCUUAUUCCCACUUUUCAAUACCUUUUAUUGUUUCCCAGUCUACUCCCACUUUCUAUCAUUUUCAUUUCACAAAGCAUUUUUUACAACGGCCAGAUUUCGAUAUGAAUUAUAUGGUUCAUUCAUGUGCAUACACCACACCGUAGAGUUACGAGGGGCGGGGAUGAUUAGAUUCACCUAGGCGAUAAUGGGGUAUCAUAGAUAUGCAGAAUUCAGAUUCGUAGAGCAUCGUACCAGUGGUGCGACGAACAAAUACACAUAAAAUGCCAAAUGCUAAUGAAACUAAAGGACACUGGAAUCAAAGAAAGGAGUAGAAAUAUCAGCAAGGUGUAAUGAAAACUCC